AUGUGACAUUUUCCAAUUUGUCGUAGCCCAAGACUAUCAAAGCAAGCUUUGGUGAAUCAAGCACACUACGAAUUAUAAAAUCCUCAUCAUUGACGAGUAAUGUUUUUUUUUAUUUAUGGCAAUUCUAUCACCACUGUUUUAGUCGCUAUAUGUCUGCAGUGGGGCCAUAUACCCCCCACGAAAAAAUGAAAAUUAAAAAUAAAUUUAAAAAAAAACCAUGGUCCACUUAUGAUUAAUCAACACAAUAUCAAGACAGAGUGUCAAGACGAAAAUAAUGUCGAGUGAGUUAUGAAGCACAGAGAAGGGUAAAUUUGUCAUUUCAAGGAGAAAAAGGGUGUAGUUGUUUUGCUAGCAAAUAGGAGACUAGCACGUCAGUCAGCCUCGAUGUGAUUGGAGGCGACAAGAAGAUGGUGUAUAUAAAUAGAGUGGUGAGUUAUCAAUGGUUGGAUUGGAGGGAGGCAACCAAAUCUUCUUAGGUAAAGAAAAUGGGAAGGUCUCCUUGUUGUGAUGAGAGUGGCCUCAAGAAAGGUCCCUGGACCCCUGAAGAAGAUCAAAAGCUCAUGAAUUACAUUCAGAAAAAUGGCCAUGGAAGCUGGAGAGCCCUUCCAAAACUUGCAGGCUUAAACAGAUGCGGCAAGAGUUGCAGGUUACGAUGGACAAACUACCUUAGGCCAGAUAUAAAGAGAGGGAAGUUUUCUCAAGAAGAAGAACAAACAAUUCUGAACCUCCAUUCCAUCCUUGGCAACAAAUGGUCAGCAAUUGCAAGUCACCUACCCGGUCGGACGGAUAAUGAAAUAAAAAAUUUCUGGAACACCCAUUUGAAGAAGAAGCUGAUUCAGAUGGGUUUUGAUCCGAUGACUCACCGGCCUCGGACCGAUAUCUUCUCUAGCUUGCCUCAUCUUCUAGCUCUUGUCAAUUUGAAAGAGCUCCUGGACCAUGGAGGCCACCCAUCUUGGGAUGAACAAGCUGUGAGACUACAAGCAGAAGCAGCUCAAAUGGCUAGGCUCCAAUACCUACAAUGUCUCCUCCAACCUCCUCCUGCUAAUAAUUCCUUUGGAGCUGGUACCCCAAGCAACCUAAAUGAUAUCACUGACAUGGAGACCAUCAAUCUUUUGAGCUCUCUCUGUUCAUAUCAGUUGGAUCAAAACCCACCACAAUAUCCUGGAGCUAAUUUCGAAUCAGUCCAAGAUCAUAAUUCAAUCCCUUUCUCUCAUUUGCCUGACUUGCAAACCUAUCAAACACCUUCACUGAACAACAACAAGGACAUGGUUAACCAAGCUGAAGAUCAAUUUGCUGUAGUUUUGAGCCAAGGGCAAAACUCUCCCAACAAUCCAUGGAACAUUCCUUCUUCUUCAAACACCACUCCAUCUCCUACUUCUAUGGCUCCUCCGGUGGCAGAGACUUCGAUAAGCAACACCAUGGGAGAUGCUUGCAGUACUUCAAGCUUUGGAGGAGUGGCUAAUUCGGCUUGGUCUGAGCUUCUUCUUGAGGACUCUUUUUUCAAUGAGAUUGCUUAAUUAAUUAGGUAGAGAUGUGUGCUAAAGGCUUCUAAUUGCAU